CAGGCUUUAUUAAAACAUAUCUUGACAGAGUUAGUACUUUGCACUGCUUGAAUGGUUGUCGGUGUUGCGUGCACAGGAGUAAUGGGAGUAUAGUGUCGUACCUUCAGACGAUCAUUGCAAUAUAAUAUACGAUAGUUUAGUGUAGUAGGUUCCGACGAACAUUGCAGCAACAUAAUAUACGAUCGUGUAAUAAGGGAGGAAAGGAGAGUGAAGUCUAGAAUGAAGUAGAUCCGGAUCAGUUUUUGUUUAACAAUAUUAUGCUAAUAAUAGCACCUAAUCUCGUUUAGAAAAAAUACAAAGGAACAGGAAAGAAAAUCAUUGUAACGGAACAAAUAGGAAAGGCGGGGAUCGGAAAGAAAAUAACAGGAAAAUAGAAGAAAAGAAAAGAGAAAAGAAGACAUCGGAAGAAAGGAAAGAAAAAAUCGGGUAUAUAACAAAAUAAAGUAAAGCUAAGCAAUAAAGAAAAAGAAACAAAAAGGAAAGGCAGAAGAACAAGAUUUCGUCAGUCUUUAAACUUCAUAUAUGCGAUCGAAAAUCAGAAAAGUCUAAGAAGAAAUAAAGCUGAUACCGUUACACACUCUAUUAGCUACUAUAUUCAAAUAGCAUAACUGGAUCUCCUGGGCUACAAAAUUAUACUAACAGGAAACAAGCUACCACAAAUAUCACCACGCCUUUUCACUCACAAAAAAGAGAUCGACCUUGUAUACGAAUUACCGCACAAACACACAAACAGAAAAGGCUACUUUAAGUCAAUUAUAAUAGUCACGUUGUAGACUCGUCGGUGAGUGAAGUGUACGGCAGUGCGUAGAUCUAUACACACGUGAACAGAAGUGUGCGUCUCGCUGAAAAAGAAACGUUUGGUUUUUUAGACUGCCGGGCGCGCGAUUUGCCGUCUGCAGUGUGCCGUCUGCUUGGCUUGAGCUAUCAGUAACUUCUCCCGGCGAGUUCGGCGGGCGUUAAGACAGUAUCGGCUGGUUGACACUGAUUACGAGCGAUGCGGUGAAAAGGACGGCUUGCGGUGUCAUCUCUUGGACUUACUGUUCUCAGCGCCAUUAGCUGAUUUCUCAUUACUAUGCGAUUGGAUACUGGAUUCCAAAUGGUUCUGGAUCCCCAUUAGAUACUGAUUUCGUUUUGUGUUUUUUUGUUUAUUUGUUUUGUUUGGUGAUUUUUUUCUUCUUAAAGCCGUUUGUGUUUGAUGAUCAACAGGAAUUAUGAAAAUUACAAGGUUUUUCAUUAGAGCUCUUCUUCUAGUGUUCAUUCACCUAGUCGCGGGUUUCACAAGUUCGUUCUCGCAGCUGAUAGACAGAGACAGCACAACAGAAGGAGUCUGGAGAGAGUGGUCCGACUGGACAGCAUGUUCUGUGGAAUGUUCAACCGGAAUAUCCCACCGGACCAGAGAGUGCGAACUUCCGCGAACACUUCCGGUCUACACGUUAAUAGAACGUGCUCACAAGAAGUUAGUAUGCGAUGGAGAUGAUAAGCAGAUUAGGCUAUGCAAUACGCAUGAGUGUCCAGCAAAUCACGAAAACAGCCGAGAUUCAAAAUGCUCCAAAUUCAACGCACGAGUAUUUAAUGGAAAGAAAUAUGCCUGGGAGUCAUAUAUAAACCCCAGGAAGCCGUGCGAGUUAACAUGCAAGGCCAAAGGUCAGCACUUCUAUGCCCGACUCUCCAACAGAGCCAUAGACGGUACUGCGUGUUCCACCACGUCACAAGCGGUCUGCAUCAAAGGGAAAUGCAAGGAAGUAGGUUGCGACGGCAUCGUGGAUUCCGAUAAGAAACUCGAUAAAUGCGGCGUGUGUAUGGGCGACGACAGUGCGUGUCGGACAAUAACUGGGAUAUUUACCCGCCCAGAGUUAUCCCCCGGUUACAACAAGAUCAUUACCAUUCCAGCUGGCAGCACCAAUAUCAACAUUACGGAACUCAGGCGCUCCAAAAACUACCUCGCUUUUAGGACUAACCAUGAUACGAUACUAAACGGUGAUAACAAAGUGUUUCCAAGUGGCAGCUACAAGGGAUUGGGAGGUACCAUUGUGUACAAACGCAGAACGCGAAUUUGCCGCACACAGUGUGUCUACGUGCUCGGUCCUACUAACACGUCCACAGAUCUCAUGGUGUUUGGUUACUCUAGAAAUUCAGGUAUAAUGUACAGCUUCAACGUGCCGAUUAACGUUACCGAUAGUUAUUUCCAAGAUCUAAUAUCACGGGACGAGCAGCAGCAGCAGCAACAGCAGCAACAACAACAGCAACAGCAAGGUCAUCGCCAGGGUGAACGGCUGAUCUCUGGGACGGCAAACGACCACCGUUCAUACGACAGCGCAACAUUUAUCCCAUCUCAGCAUAUACACCCUGUUGAUAGUAUGAAGCCAACAUCAAUCCCUGUUCGAGACACCCACAGGAAUGCACACGUUGAUGUCCAAGCGAAUUAUGAUCCAGUUGUUAACAGGAAUGUCCACAAUCGGCAGACAGUCGUUGUUUCAAACACCAAUAAAAAAUAUCCAGUUUAUGAAAAUGAUGGCUAUUCUGUUGUACUGAGAGCAAAUGCUGGGCCAGAUGGCAACAUAUCACCUGGCAUUUCCAGUCAUUCGGAGUUACCGAGCCCUGAGUCACCAGAGAUAAGCGAAAGGGAACACACGAAAGCUGAUGUAAGCUUACAUCCAGCUGUGAAUGUGGUAGAUACGGACGCCAAACUGUUUCCUGCAAAAAAUUCAGUUCGUGAUGAUGUUGACGAUUUCAUAUCUGCAUCUCAACAGGAAGGGGAUAAUGCCGAAGAACUCGACACACAGGCUCCUGGAUUUGCUAAAGACAAACUACAAACAGAUCCUCCGGAUACAUUGUUAGCUAACUUUCAGCAAGACAGCAAUACCAAUGAUAAAGAUCCUCAAAGUGUUAUCACAGAAGACAGUCACAGAAAUACCAAGAUGAAUCAGGGUGUUAGCAUUAUUGAUCGUACUACUGCUGAUAAAAUACCACAGCCGCUACGAUCGGCCGACCAUGCUAACAAUGAUAGAAGGCAACAACGGGUAAGAAUCCCAACAUUUUCUCAGCGGUUUACGUUCCGUGAUCGAUACAGAGCGUUGAUAAAUGCUAAGAAGACACAACACAACAGACUACUAGCUCGAUUCCAAAAAAAAACAGAUGGUCCGGCUGGUGUUUCCAGUAACGGUCAUGUUGUAUCUCUUGGCGGAAAUGGAAAUUCACGAAUUGAUGGCAUUGGACUUCCAAAACGAAGACAUCAUCAUAGAAACUUUAAUGAAAUGCGAAACCUUGCAUUGGACUCCUUGAAAUCACAACGACAAGGUGUCCUUAAUGUGCCCGUGAUUGGUACGACCCAGCAGACUCCGCCGUUGACAACGCAUGCCCCUACAAGCCAAUCGUCGACCACUAGUGUGUCGGUUGAGUCAACAGAAGGUGUAAUUGAAAAUGAACAGGAUGACACAAAUUUACAAAUUGUCCAAGAAGGUUCCGAUGCAGACAUAUUACCCAGUUCUUCAGCACGACAGAUCAUUCACCAACAGCCAGUUUUAAGUCCAGUCCAGUUGCCUCCCAUUGUUCGUGACCGUGUUCCAGAGGACGACGAAACCCUUGCUCUAGGAGAUGUACCUUUGGACUCACGUGUCCUUCACAGGGAUAUUCCGCACCUUCCUGACGUAAGUGCCAAUCUGUACAACAAGAACACAGUCGAGCAGUCCCAUGACAGACAUAUAAUUCAGCAGCAGCCUUUCAGAAAUCCCACCGGAAACCAAAUGCCACUGAAUCAGCAAGGUGUUGCACAUGAUCACCAGCUGGGACUUUCUCCAGAUGUUCCUCUGUAUUAUGGUGAGGGUCGGGGAACAGCAGAGCUAUCAGCAGGAAAGAGCCACGUCCGAACUGAUGAUGAUGAUAGUCUGCUGAACAGUAUCGGCAACAUCUACUCCUGGAAGGUGUCUGGAUUUUCAGAAUGCACCACUACUUGUGGUGGAGGUGUGCAGCAGACGACUGUGGUGUGUAUGGACACGAGGUCCCAGGCGGUUGUUACUGAUGAAAACUGCGUCUAUAUUAGACGACCCAUCCCACAAGCUGUCACAUGCAGCACAAGACCCUGUCCUGCAAAAUGGGCUGCCGGCACGUGGAGCUCGUGCAGCACGACCUGUGGGCCAGGCGUGGAGACUCGCACUGUCGUCUGCCGCUCGCGCGUGUCGCGAACACUCAAGAUAACUAUGGCCGACGAGUCAUGCUCUGAACAGGAGAAACCUGAAACGAGAAGAGUGUGUCAGUUGACGACGUGCCAUACCUGGAAAGUUGGAAAUUUCAGUGAGUGUGAUGUGAACUGCGGUCAGGGCGUCAGACAGAGAAGUGUUGUUUGUGUGAACCAAGACCAGGACGAGGUCAGGGACCAGCACUGCUCCGGGCUGAAGCCGACCACGGAGGAGAUUUGUGACGUGGGCUCCUGUGGGAAGGGCUGGUACCACACCAAGUGGCCACAAGACUGCCCUGCUGAUUGUGGAAGUGGGGUUCAGAAGAGACGGAUACACUGCGCGGGGGAGGAAGGACAGGCCCUGCCCAUGUCCAGGUGUGACAGACAGGACAGACCGGAGACUGAACGCAAGUGUCGAGUGAACACUCCCUGUGGCGGCACCUGGUUCACGGGGGAAUGGAACAGGUGUAAUGUCACAUGCGGCAGCGGCUACAAAACGAGAAGUGUGGCCUGUGUUAAACAGCUUCCUGGCGGCAUAAUGGCCGUCGUCGGUGACGAAAACUGCAAGAGUUCAGUAAAGCCAGAGACCGGAAGUGAAUGUCAGCUUCCGCAAUGUCAACCGGAAUGGUACAUGACGCCGUGGAGUCAGUGCUCCAAGUCUUGUGGGUCGGGUGUUCGUACCCGAGAAGUGAAGUGUCUGGAUCAGGAUCAACAUACAAGUGCUGCCUGUUCUCCGGACGAUAAGCCAAAGGGUCGGGAGACAUGCAAUACCGAGGACUGCACAGCCAGACCGACACCUAAGCCAACGAGUCACACUCGGAAAAAUGCCGCUUGCAAAGAUUCCUUUUCACAGUGCGUGCUGGUAAAGAAAGCCAGACUGUGUAGAUUCAAAUAUUACUCAAAAAUGUGCUGUCAUUCUUGUUCAGAGGCAACAUGAAGUAGCUGGGAGGACAAUACCUACAUCUGUCAUUCUUGUUGAGAGGCAACAUGAAGUAGCUGGGAGGACAAUACUACAUCUGUGAUGCUGUGGUUUUACUAGACUCAGAAAUACUCACAUGGGACAAUACAUGUCAAUGUCGCAAUGGUGACUCCAUCAAAAGGAUACGAUUUGUCAGAACUGUUCAACAAUGUUACUCACCAGAAAUUUAUUGUUCUUAAACUACUAACUGACUGGUAAUUGUAAUUGUGUUUCUUUGUGUAGUAGAUGACACAUAAUUUUGACAUUUAAUGGAAUAUGUUCAAUAUGUAUAUAUAUAUAUAUCUCAUCCAUGCACCUCACACUUGAGACAAGUGCUAUCUUUGUGUAUGGCUUCAGAUGUUUUAUGUUACAAAUUCAUUCACAUAAAGGGGUAUACCUUGUCAUCUCAAGAUGAACUCUUCGGAACUGAGGUGGAGACUUUCCAGAAAUGGAUCAGUAAUAGCGUAUAGUGACAUUGAAUGUUUUUGGAUAAUAAUCUUCUAGUUUGCGUGAUAAAUUGGGUCUAUUCAACAGUUGAACGCUGUCAGAGAAAAGUUAUUAUCAUGCAUGAAUAUCAUUUAAUUGUUUUAUCCAAAACUUUGCUCAUGGUCAGUUCAUGCUUUUCAUUGCAUAAUAUAAGAGGGGAAUAAUAGGUUAUAUUUAACAAUCGAGGUAACUAUUAUCAGAUUCCAUAGUGUACAUGUAUUUCUCAACAUGCCGAUACCAAUAUAGGUUUAGGAAGUUCUGACAGCAUGUCUUGGUGUAUCAGUGGACUCACACAAGUAUAACAUUUAGUUGACACUUUUAAGUAAAAGUAUUACAUGGUGAAAAUAAAGGGAAAUAAAAUAGACGGUUUAUGGCGACACAUCAGCACUAUUCAAACCACGACCAUCUGGUGUCCACCGUGUGGUUAUUUAAGCACUUGGUCAAGGGAAAGAAAAUAGACGGUUUAUGGCGACACAUCAGCACUGUUCAAACCACGACCAUCUGGUGUCCACCAUGUGGUUAUUUCAGCACUUAGUCAAUUGAAAGAAACCCGCGUUCAUCACACUUGCUACGUCUACUGGAAAGCACCAAGGGAUGUUUUAUGUUGCCUUCCUCAUAGACAGGACAUAAAAUGCCACUGUCGUUCAUGAACCAUUAUGGAUGAGAAGAAAACAAAACGUGAGUCUACCAAAGGCAAUCCAUGCUAAGAUCAAUCGCACGUCAGUCCAACUCUAACACUGAGCUGUGUCCCAUCCCUCGAUGCUGUGCAAGAUAUCUUUUCUUGAGGUUGAUUGAUGCUAAAAUAUUCAGUACCCUUUCAAUGUUCAUCAUAAACCGUUAUACAUUUACUGAAACAAUUUCACCAAAGAAUAGACAUGUUUAAUGAUUAUAUCAGAGCUGGUGUUGUGAGACAUGAUUCACCGAAAGGGAGGUUAGAAAGUUUGCUUUAUAACCAAUGGAACAAGCAUUCACUAGUAUAUCAGUAACAUGUAUUUUCUUAUUGCAUUUGUGUCCUUUGAUAUCCUUUGAAUGUUCACCAAAUGUACAGAUUAUUUGAGGAUAGUAUUUGAUAUACUUGUGCCUCCCUUCGCAUGUCCUUGCAUGAGAAGCAAACGUUUGUCAUCAUGCAAUAAACUGCAGCCUAAAGUGUCGGACUUAAAAAGCAGAUUGGAACUUAACUGGACACCUCAUCUGUGUAUUUUAGAAAGUCCACGUUCCGAAUGUGGCUGAAUAAAUAUUAAUUCAUAUCAUUUCAACAGAUAAAUUCUUAUUCUGAAAAAUAUUCUAGUGUUGAGAGACUAGAAAGCAGAAUACACCUGAACGACAAAACCGUAUUCCAAUAUCGAAAUCGUAUCUCUGCAUAAGGCAGUCGAAAGGAUCUUGGGCAAAGUCGUGAUUGCUAACAAGAUGAUUCAUCACUCUGCAACGCCCGUAUGAGGCCUGCCACUCCUGCGACUAGCUUACAAAAAAUCAAUCUUGUGUCGGACAUUUAAUGAAGCGGCUCAUUAUGCUACGAUAUGAUGAUUACUUUUGUUUUAAUAAUUUAACAACUUUCUUUUGAUCAUUGUUAAUUGUCUACUCUGGAAAAUUGUCCAAUGGUAUUUCGUAGUACGACUGCUAUCAUGACCGUAUCAUUUUACUCAUUUUACGCAGACACAAUUUGCAAUUUUGAACCGGGAGGUUUCCUAUUGUUGUCAAACUCGAUCAAAAAUAUAUGUUUAAUUCACAGUACUGUCAUCUGCCUUGUGAUUGCUACAUGAAUAUAUCUGGCAGUUUGGUAUUUGACACGAAUUCGCUAGUCUUAACCCAGCUAUUCCAAUUUUGACCAUCUUCUCAUACAUUGGUCUCAAGAUCAGUAUAAACAGUAUAAACAAACACCACCAUUAAUUAGGUAUCAUGUUGAUUCUACGAAGACGAUUUGUGAGCACGAGAACAGUCUAGGAAUAUGGAAGUUUAUGUAGUGUUCUUGGGUUCCGGAGCUGUGGAAAUAUGUGUUGAUAAGGCCUUUAAUAACAGUGUUCAUUGUGAACUUUUUGAACCUCUUCGCGUAGAGCAGUUGCAUAUUUAGCUGUUUAUACCUUUAUAUACGAUUGACAAGUAUUUACACUCAAAGUAACAAUAUCAUAGUUGAGCUUUCGUGUUUAAUCUUUUUGUUUUUCUGAAAACAAAACUAUUCAUCUUCCAAACAUUUUGGUUGUUCUUUUUUUUAAAUAAUUUUGUUAAAACGAUGUCAAAAAGUUGAUUUGAAAUAUGAUAUCGUUUAUUUCUGAGCGUCGAUCAAAAUACUCUUCCAAACCGUUUGGUUAUUCAUUGAUUUUUUUUUUAGUUUUGGUGUUAACAGUAUGUCAAAAAUUUGAUUUGCAAUACAUCCAUACACAUCAAAUUCAGUACAGUAGUUAAGUUUAAAUCGUUUAUUUCUGAGCUUCGAUCAACUGAGCAAUUCAAAUCUGUCAAAAUAUCGCUUAAUGUAUGUAACUUCAACUGUGAUAGUGUUACCUUUUAGUAGCAUAAUACACCAUAAUUAUACAGUGUAUUCUCUAGGAGAAUGUGUGAUUUCAUUAUAUAUAAUAAUAUUUCAUUGAUGUUUAUUGUUGCUCUGUAUCAUAACUUAACCUUUUUAUAUGGAGAAGUAAGAUUAUUUGCUACCUUGA